UGCCCAUAUCAAGGUACGUCGGCUUGGCUAAAGGAAGUGCAUUACUAGCUAGCGUCCUUGCAUUCAUAAAUGUUUAUCAUGCUUUAUCGGUAUGAGAUACAUCUUUAGCUUUAGCUAGGUAGCUACCUAGCAAAACAUCGGUUGACGAGGCAGUUUUGCAGCCCAACUAUCACGGUAACACUAACCAUGGAGGGUUGUCAUUUGUCGUGCUCGUUUUAUGGCUGUAAGCGGACCUAUACUAAUUCAGAAUCACUGAACAGUCACAUCAAGGAUCAUCAUAAGAUCCCUGCACAGUCACUUCCUGGCAAAGUCUUUCUGUGCUCCACGAUAGGAUGUGAGGGUUCAUUUUCUAACAUGCAGCAGCUCAUGGAUCACAUGAGGCAUCACCACAAGCCAAAUUAUUUUUUCCUGUGUGAAAGCUGCAAAGCCAAGCUGCGCUCCUACCGCACCCUCCUGAAACACCUGCAGACUUGUGCCAAGGUAGCCAAAACCAAGGCUAUAAAGACAGAGGCUGCUGACACAGAUCCUUCUGGUGUCUCGCUCGCCACUGUCGACCUGGAGCCCUAUGGGCCCCUUUUGACCACAGACGAAUCCCAGCAGAUGGAAUCGGAGCCCUCGCUGCCCUUAAAUUCAGCACCUCGGCCCAGUCAGCAAGCUGCAGCUAGUACCGUUUUAACAGACUCCACUUCCAUGGCCUUUCCUGCAGAGGUUGUUGCUGCAAAUGCCCAGCGUGUGCCUGGUCAGGCAGAUGCAGCCUACAGCCCCUUCCCACCCAGGCUGUCUCCUGUUCCCCCAGCCUCUCUGCCAGAGCCAGUCCAGCUGGAGCAGCAGCAGCCGCUGCUGCCACAGUGGUCCAUCAGGAUCGGCCCCUCAAGCCUGCCGUCCUCUCCACCCCACACCCCUCCAGGGUCAAAUGCGGUCUGGAGGAAGAACCAAGGCCAAUCCUUCAGCAGUCGCAUCCUAUGGGAGCACACCAGGGGGCGAUACAGCUGCCUGCAGUGCGGCCAUUGUACUCCGGACCGGAAAGAGAUGACUGCACACAUUGAGGGCCAGCACAAGAGCCCAGGGGGCAAAGCGAUCAGUGAUACAGAUGCAGUGGUUGGUUCACCUUCUGCUCUGAAUAAAACCCCAUUAGAUUCUGAGAGCUUGAAUUACACACAGCUUUAGGCUUUGAUGAGAUCAUAAACAUUAGGGACAGAUGAAUAGUUAUUGUAUCUUACAUGGUUGAAAGUCUGGGGUGAUAAAGGACUUUGUUGAAGAAGGAGGUGGUGAUGUCUUUGCCCUACUAAUAAUAUUAUUGUAUUACAUGCAUUUUUUUUUUUUUUUUUUAGGUUUCCAAGCAAGAAAGUAAUGCCUUAAAUAGGAAAGUGGUUUUGAGUAGUCAAUAUUUUGAAAAUGAGGAAGAAAGCCACAUAUAUGGCUUAUUAUUAAACUGCAUGAUGACAACAGGUAAUGGGGAAAUUUAAUGGAGUUUAGAUGUGCACAAGUAGAAGCAAUAUAUAUACUCAUCCAUAUUUAUCAAAUAUCUGUGAUUUAGGAUUAGUCUUUUGUUGUGAUUACACUCGCAUGGAAAAAGUGGACUUAAUCAGUGCUCGGAAUAUGGAGCAUGUUCUGUUCUCAGUAGUAAUCCUCAUUUUUAACAGUAGGUGUAAAUAAUGAGGCAUACAUAGUUGUACAGUUUCAGUAUCUUUUAUGUGCAGUAUGUUGAUUGUGUUGCAGUCACUAAUGUCUCGUACAAAAUGUUUUCCCUUGAUUCUUUGUGGAUGUAAAAUCAAAAGUUUGAUCCAUGUGUUCUUUUGAUAUUAAAAUGUUUUAAUGGAGUGGAAA